AUGUCGGGUGCUGACGUUCGGACCCGUGCUGACUUUCACAGCAGUGUCCUGGAGCACGUGAGACGUGCCCCCGGACAUGCGCGCGCAGCUGUGGAGCUGACCAGCCAGGGGCAGGUCCACAUCUCCUUCACGUAUGACGAACUCUUGGCAUGGGCGAGUCAUAUUGCCAGGCAUAUCGCGCAUGCCUGUGCGGCACACAAUCUGCAGCCAUCACCAGGGAUGUGUGGCGAAGUCUUGCUGGUCGCUUUGCAUCUGGAUCGCUCGGCGCUCGCGCUCGCGGCCGUUCUGGCUGUUUGGGAGGCUGGCUGUGCCUACACCCCUGUGCCAAAGGAUGUGCCACUCCCUCGUCGGCUUUUGCUGUGUGCGGAUGCAUCACUCGUACUCACCGAUUCUGAGGACAUGGCCGGUUCCAUCCCAGGGGUCCCGCCAGUUCUUCUUCUGGAAAAAACUUUUGAAAAGUCCGGAACCAGCAGGUGCCUGACCAGAGCUUCUCCAGAUCCCAGCCGGAUUUGCAUGGUGAUUUACACGUCGGGAUCGACUGGACGGCCCAAAGGUGUGGUGUGCGAUCACAGUUGCUUGUGGCAUUCGGUGUGCUGCUUUACCGAAGAUCUGGGUGAGGAAAACUGCCGCAACCUUCUUUGGAAGACCCCAUACCAGUGGAGAACAGCAGAGUAUGAAAUGUUUCCCGCUCUUUGUCUUGCAGGCUGCGUCUUCAUUACGCCUGAUGGUUCUCAGAAACAGUUGGCCUACAUUGCAGAUGCUGUCCGCGACUGCAAUAUCUGUGUCCUCGCUGGGGUCCCUUCUGUUCUCACGCACAUGAUGGAUUCGCUUUCUGCUUUCGCGUCGCGCACACAUGUCGUGGCCAUUGGAGAGCCGCUGCCACGACAUCUUUGCACCAAAGCGUUGCAAGCAUCGAUGCGACUGAGAAAUUACUAUGGCUUGACAGAGACGGGCAUGACGACAUGGCGUUGCCUUGCUGUUCCUGAGAGCUCCGUGGCUCCUGUGGGGAAACCUCAGCCGUCGAUUCACGUAACCUUGCAUGAUGCAAAAGCUCGGCACGCCCGUCAGGGUGAAAUCCUCUUCAGCGGAAUCAUGUUCCGUGGCUAUCUCAACAUGCCCGAGCUUACCGCGGAGAGAUUGCUCCAGGUGGAUGGCCGAGCCGCUUUCCGAACUGGUGACCUUGGAAUGUGGAACAAUAACGACGAGCUGGAAGUUUGUGGUCGUAUUGACAACCAGGUCAAGCUCCAUGGUGUGCGGGUAGAGCUUGCAGAGAUCGAGGCCGCUUUGGAGCCAUUCUGCCAAGAAGCUGCUGUGGUUCAGGCUGCGGAAGACGAGCAGACGCUUGUUGCCUUUCUGGUCGCCUGCAGCGUGGGGAGGCAAGACGUGCGCGGAAAGAUGAGCGAGGAGUUGCUCAAACGUCUGCCUCAGUACAUGGUUCCGCUGCACUUCGUGGAAGUACCGGCGCUGCCUCGUCUGGCCAGUCAGAAGGUCGACCGCAUGGGCCUGAGGAUGCAAACGAAAGGCCUCACAACCCGGGCGCAAGCACAAGAUGCCUUGGCUCAAGGUGCCCUGGAAGACAAGCUCAUGAGCUACCUGGACUCUUUGGGUUUUGCUCGUGCCGUGAGCCGAAAGACGAUCGAGCUGUACAACCUUUGGGACUGCCUUGCGGUGCUCGGCAUGGCGGACGUGAUCCUCUUUCAUUGGUUCUGGUGUGUCUUGGUCGAGCCCCGCACUUAUGAACUUCCCUCUCAGGGUCAGGCUCAGGAAAAUUCCAUGCCCAUGCCGGCGAUACCAGUGCCAGACUGGACUAUGUUUACGUAUCGGCUUGCAACCCAAGAUUGGGCUUACGGUGUCUUUUGCUUCGCGGCCGCGGCUCACACAUCCAGCGAACAUUCGGCUUUCACGCAAAGAGACCUUGCGAUUUUGAUCUUGUACUUCUACGCAGGCUUCCUGCCGAUGCUGCUCUCUCUGUUCUUCUCAAAGCCCUGGAGCAGCAUUGUGUUCCAUGCGGAGACAAUUCAGCGAUGGUUUUUGCUGGCCUUGAUCUUCGGAAAAUCGACUUUAGUGUUGGACCACUGGUGCGGCGGAGGUAGCUUUGCUGCACUUGGCUUGCUGCUCGCCGCCUACAUCUUCGUGCCCUUUUGCUUUGUGGAUCUUUGUGGGUCUGGUGGCGAGUAUUUCCUGCCCACGGACUGGUGGCCGAACUGCCAAUCGUGUCUGUUAACGCCAAAGGUUUUGAUAUGUGCAGUGCUCUAUGCUGGUGCAGUCCGAUUCAACUCCGCCUGUUCAUCGCUGGUCCUUAGAGCCAAUACAUUCGCGGGACUUGUGGUCUUCGGCCUGUCAAGUCUCUUCUCGUGGCUCUUCUCAACGCAGUGUGCCAUCGAGAACCGUGCCCCUUCAAAUUCAUCCUCGCUGCAUUAUUUUGUGGCACGGCUCGCUAGCCUCUUUCUCAUAGUUAUACAGACGCUGUCUCUGGCGUGCCUUUGCAGACCACUGGCACGAUGGAGUUGCUUCAGAUGGCCUGCGCGAUAUCUGUUGGGCAGCUACUUACUGAAUGUCAACUUUCUGGACAUGCUGUCCCUCUCGCCGGAGGUUCGCCGGCAGCUGAUGGUGCCCCUUCAGGCUGCGGGGCCCACUUGGUCCGGGAUUUUCACGUGGAUUGCCAUGGUCACACCGCUGGUAAUGUUCAUGCUUGUUGUGGCUCCGGUCUUCCAAGCUUUGUUCAUCCACAUGCCCCAGGGUGUCAUACGGCGAGCUGCUACUAUUGUACUUGCGCCAAGGGCCAAUGCCGGACCCCUUCAGCGGCCGCUCCUGCCCGAGGGCUCGUUCAACUCUCAUUUCAUAGGCAGUGUGUGA